CGCCGCGCCCGACCACGCCGGCGGCACUCUCAGCACCUCAUUCAGCGAGCAGGCAGCCAGCCACGCGCGACAGCAACAGGCUUUUUGGUGCACAAUCACGAGCCAGACGCCUAGCUUGCUGUUCCUCAAGCUCACUUGCGAUCAUGGCCUGGCGCUGCGGCUCACGCAGCAACGCCGGCCUCGUCGCAAACCUGGUGCGCGCCGAGCUGCUCACCGUGCCCUCGGUCAUCUCCGCCUUCGAAGCGACGGACCGAGCACACUAUCUGCGCCCACCGCACGACUCCUACGCCGACGCACCCGCGCCCAUCGGGCACAACGCGACAAUCAGUGCGCCGCACAUGCAUGCGUUGCUCGCGUGCGCUCUGGCGCCCUACGUCUCGCUCCAGGAUGCGAGGGUGCUCGAUGUGGGCAGCGGCAGUGGCUACCUGUGCGCUGUGCUCAGACGCGCGGGAGCGAAGCAGGUCGUGGGCGUCGAGCACAUCGCGGAGCUGGUGCAGCGUGCUGAAGCCAGCCUGCGCGACGAUGGCCUCGGCGCUGAUCUGGACGAGGGCAACGUGCAGCUGCAUGUCGGCGAUGGCCGUCAAGGCUAUCCCAGCUUGGCGCCCUACGCCGCCAUCCACGUCGGUGCCGCGGCGCCCUCAGACGUGCCGCCGGCGCUGCUGCAGCAGCUGGCGAGCCCGGGGCGCCUCGUGUGUCCCGUACAGGGCGCUGACGGGCAGCAAGAGAUCAUCCAGAUCGACAAGGACGAGCAUGGCAAAGUGACGCGCUCGUCGCUGAUGGGGGUGCGAUACGUGCCGCUGUGCGACAUGGAGGAGCAGGUGCGAUUGCGAUGACAUGGCUUCUCGGCCCUCUCUUGAAGCGUGUAACGGCUGCAUGCCGCAGCUCAUCGACCCAACCCCUCGAGUGAGCUCUUGAGACGCGCAAGCGUGAUCAUGAGCGCUUCCUCUGUGCGGAUCGUCCGACUGCCCUGUCCCUCCGCCACGUCGAUCCACGCAUCGAACAGCUCAUGUGCCUCAUCUGCGCUCAGUUGCACUCCCGCAUCCGCCUCGACCGCCACUUCCAAGCCACUGAGGCCGCCCAGCACCACGAGUGCGUGGUCAAAGGCCGGAAGCGGUUGCGCUUCCCGCGUCGCGCCCUCGACCUGGUACGGCACCGACGUGCCGAGCGCCGUCGCCGAGAGGACGUGCGUCAAAGGAGCGCCGCGCUCGGACGUG